GCAUGAGGAAAAUACAACAUCAACACUCUCACCUCGUCGGUUAUCAAGAUGUCUCUCACACACAUGAACCUACUCCUCAUUUUAGGAGUUGCGAUUUUCGCAGCUCCAUCCCUAGCCGAUUUUCAUUCUCACCCGCCAAUUCACAAGCCUCCCGUUUAUACACCACCCGUUCACAAACCACCAAUUCACAAGCCUCCCGUUUAUACACCACCCGUUCACAAGCCACCAGUUUAUACACCACCCGUUCACAAACCACCUUCCGAAUAUAAACCUCCGGUGGAAGCAACCAACUCCGUGACUGAAGAUCAUUACCCUAUUCACAAGCCACCAGUGUACAAACCACCUGUUCAGAAGCCAGCACCAGAGCAGAAACCACCCGUUCACAAGCCACCAAUUCACAAACCACCGGUUCACAACACUCCCUCCUUAACCGAUGAUCAUUACCCGGCCCAUCCUAUUCAUAAACCACAACCGAUUCACAGGCCACCGGUUCACAAGCCACCAACAGAGCAUAAACCUCCGGUUCACGAGCCAGCGACAGGGGAGCACAAGCCGAGCCCGGUGUACCAACCACCGAAGACUGAGAAGCCUGUGCCAGAACAUAAGCCACCACACUUGCCACCAAUCGUCGUGAGGCCACCGCCUACACAUAAGCCUAAUCCUCCAUACGGUCACCACCCUGGACACCCUCCAGUUGAGAAUACCGGAAACUAAGACGUCAUGUAGUGUAAUUACAAUAAAUAAGAACUGCUGAAAAUAAUAAUGUUACGAGUGUAUGUAUCUAUAAGCUCAUUACCUCUUAUGUUUCGGCUAAAAUAGGUUAUGAGCAAGUAGUACUAUAUGCUGUAAUAAAUCAGUGUAUGAGUUAUCCAUGUAUUACACAUUUACUGUUGCUAUCUAGCAAAAGUUAUACAUGCAUGGACGUGUUUUCAAGGACUUAUAUAUUCUGCAUGCAAAGAUUUGCUCA